AUGUGGAAUAAAUAUUGCAAGAGGUUCAGACCAACUGAGGUGCAAUGGAAGGGUGGCUCCCAAACUUGGAAGUUUAUGCUAGAAGCAAGGGAUGAAAUGGAGCAACAUAUUUGGUGGGAACCUAAUGAUGGAUCAUCCUCAGUAUGGUUUGAAAAUUGGUCAAAGAUUGGAGCACUGCACGAUAAACUUCCUUCCCAUUUUCAUAUAGAUGGAACUGUAGAAGAAUUGGAAGAAUUAAUGGAUGGUGAUCAUUGGAAUAUAAGAAGAAUGCUGGAGAUAUUGCCCAAUGACAUAGUUGAGCUCAUCAGAAGUAACCUAGGGGAAUUGGUGAAAACUCAAGAGAGAGAUAAACCAAGAUGGAUGCUUACAAGUUCAGGAAACUUCUCAGUUAGUAGUGCAUGGGGAUAUAUCAGACAAAGAGAUCAAGUUUCACCACAUUGUGCAAAGUUUUGGAUUAAAGGACUGGCUUUUAAAAUAUCACUGCUUCUGUGGAGAAUCUGGUUCUAUAAACUGCCUAUUGAUGAGGUGCUUCAAAGGAAGCACAUUUCAAUAGCAUCAAGAUGUUGGUGUUGUCAGACUCAGCCUGAAACAGUUAAGCAAACAGUUUUGAAAUGGUGGAGUGCAACUGUGACUGCCAGGUUGAAACCUCUAUAUCAAGCUACCCCAGCUCUGAUUUUAUGGCAAAUUUGGAAAGGUAGAAUCACAUGGAGACAUGGAGGAUCAAUAUCAGUCAAUAAGGUGUUUUAUGAGAUUAACAGGAAUAUGUAUUUGUUUGCACAACAGAAGUUUCCAUGGAUGCAGAAUUUACCAAGAAGCUGGUCUGUCAUAGUUCAACAUUUAGAGAAGUUCAGUAUGCCAAUAUCAUGUAAACAAGUAAUAUGGAAACCACCAGAGUUAGGAAGUUUCAAGUGCAACACUGAUUGUGCUUCAAGGUGCAAUCCUAGGCCAAGUUCUGUAGCUUUUUGCAUAAGAAAUCAUAGUGGUGAUCUCAUGUAUGCAGGGGGGAGGAGACUAUCAGAUACUACAAACCUUAUUGCUGAAGCUGUGGCAAUUGACGAAAGGGUGAAAUAUUGCAUUGAUAAUAUUUUUCUGCCAUUGAUAGUAGAAACAGACUCCUUGACAAUGCAGAAGAUUUUAGAUAGUAUAUGA